AUAACUCUGUGCAAAGAAAAUGGAGAAAAGAGAAAGAAAGAGCCAAUGAAAGAAAAUCCACAUAAGGCUUGGUGAUGAUGCUGUUUUCUUGGAACAUGACAUCAAUCAAUGAAGUUUUCGGAUUACCCAUAUUGCCUUCCUUCAAAACAGAACAGAAGCUGCUCUGUACUCUCUCAAUUACGGGUAUCUUCUCAUGCCUCUUUGGUUGAAGCUGUUCUGCACUCUCCUACUCGCAUGUCAUGUCAAGUUAGGGCUCCUGUGUAAAACUUUCCCCUCUAUUGCAUCAUUUAGGGAUUUGGGUAUUUUCAUAAUUGGAGAAAAAAAAAAAAAAAUUGGGUUAGGAUGAUUUUUUCCAUUCUCUAUUUUCAUGGUCUAGGGCAAUUUGAUGAUGAGAGAAAUUGAGAAACAAGUCUGGAUCUUGACUUUGAGGGAAAACAAGUUUGAGAAAGAAAAAUAAAAGAUAAAUUUUGAGUCAAGUCUGGAAGUUCCCUUCAAUUAUUCACUUCUUAUCCUCACAGCACAAAGUACAACGAUACCAAUGCUCCAUAUACUUGUGGUUCCUCUUCCUCUCCAAGGCCACAUAAACCCAAUGUUCCAAUUCUCAAAACGCUUAGCAUUCAAAGGUUUAAGGGUGACACUUGUCAUCAUCUCCUCUGACACUCAUCAUGAGCCCAUAGAAACCCAAUUGAGCUUGGUCAAGAUUGAAUCAAUUUAUGCUGCAUCUGAAGAAGCAGACAAGAUUAAUGCAGAGAAGAAGAUGCAGUGGCUCCAAAACAUUUUGUCAAAAAGAUUACCAGAGCUGAUUUCAAAGCAAGAGAGCAUUGGGUACCCAAUUAGCUGCAUUGUCUAUGACUCAGCCAUGACAUGGGCUCUGGACAUGGCCAAAGGGCUAGGCAUUGCUGGAGCUUCAUUUUUCACUCACUCUUGUGCUGUUGGAACUGUGUACUGUAAUGUGCACCAAGGGGUGCUUAGUGUUCCUCUGAAAGAGGGUCCAAUUUUACUACCUGGCUUGCCACUACUUGAGCCUCAUGACCUGCCCUCUUUCAUCUAUGAUCCAGGCUCCUACCCCUCCUUUUUAAAGUUGGUGGUUGGCAGGUUUUCAAAUAUCACUGAUGCUGAUUGGAUUUUCUGGAACAGUUUUGAUUGCUUGGAACAAGAGGUGGUGAGCUGGAUGAGAACAAGAUGGCCAAUCAAGACAAUAGGGCCAACCCUUCCAUCAAUGUACCUAGACAAAAGGUUAGAAGAUGACAGAGACUAUGGUUUCAACCUUUUCACACCCAACACUGACACUUGCAUCAAGUGGUUAGAAUCAAAAGAUACAGGCACAGUGGUGUAUGUAUCGUUUGGAAGCAUGGCUAACCUAGGAGAAAAGCAGAUGGAGGAGCUAGCAUUGGGCCUAAAAAGGAGCAAAACCAACUUCUUGUGGGUAGUCAGAGAAUCAGAAAUUCAAAAGCUUCCUAGCAAUUUCGAAGAGCAAACAUCAGAGAAGGGUUUGGUUGUGAAUUGGUGCCCUCAACUGCAAAUUUUGGCUCACGAGGCCGUUGGUUGCUUCAUGACACAUUGUGGGUGGAACUCUACACUUGAGGCAUUGAGCUCAGGGGUGCCAAUGGUGGCAAUGCCACAGUGGACUGACCAAUUGACAAAUGCUAAGUUUGUGGAAGAUGAAUGGAAAGUUGGAGUGAGGGUCAAGGUUGACCAAAUGGGAAUUGUCACUAAAGAAGAAAUAGAAAGAUGCAUAGCACAAGUCAUGGAAGGAGAGAGAGGGAAGGAGAUUAAAAGGAAUUCAAUGAGAUGGAGAGAAUUGGCUAAGGAGGCUGUGGCGGAAGGUGGAAGCUCUGAUAAGAACAUUGAGGAAUUUGUAGCAGCUCUCUUAUGUAAAUAAACUUUUAGGUUUUUGGGAGGAAGGAUUAAUGUUUAUGUUGUGAAACUAUCGACUUGAACUACACGUUUAAAUAAGAAUAUACUAUUUGAUUCCAUAUCAGCAAUUUAUCACAAAGUAGAUAUAUUGGCCAACAUUUAGACCACAUCCAUGUAAGCAACAUCACUCUAAAGCAAGCAAGACUCUACAUUGAUCGAGCAACUGCCCCAUUACCAAGUGAAAUUUGUAUGCAUCAAUAGUCAGAAGAGAAAUUUG